AUGGAGCCAAUUGUACAUCCAAUCUUCGAAAAAGAUACCGGAACAUGGCAGUAUAUUGUAGCCUGCCCGAAUACUCGCCAAGCAGUCAUCAUCGACCCGGUUCUCAACCUGAAUCUAUCCGAAUGCAAGAUCGAAACCACCUCCGCCGACGAGCUCCUAGCCGUGGUAGAAGCCAACAAUUACACCAUCGUACGACACCUCGAAACACACGCCCAUGCAGACCACCUUACGGCUUCAUUCUACCUCCAACAACAAUUGCUCGCCACAAAGCAACCCAAAGCCCCCAUCAGCACGGGCCGGCGCAUCCGACAGGUCCAGGAGACAUUCGCUGCCAGAUACGGAGUCCCAAGAGCGGAAUUAGACCAAGCCUUUGACUACCUUUUUGACGAUGAUGAGACAUUCAGCGUGGGCGAUAUCACCGCUCAAGUCCUUCAUUUACCCGGGCACACACCCGAUCACAGUGGGUACAAAAUCGGCAGCAACGUCUUCACAGGCGAUUCCAUCUUCAACCCCGACGUCGGCAGUGCCCGAUGUGAUUUUCCCAACGGGGACGCAAAUGCCCUGUACAACUCCAUGCAGAUAUUACUAAUUCUGCCACCUCACUACAAGCUGUAUACGGGACACGAUUAUCCUCCCACUGAUUCAGGCCGUGAGCCACUCCCCUUCGUAACGGUGGCAGAUCAACUGGAAGGCAACAAACAUGUGAAGCAAGGGACUAGUGAAGAGGAGUUUGUCGACUGGCGACGGAAACGUGAUUCGAGUUUGAAUGAGCCGCGACUUUUGCAUCCGGCGUUGCAGGUUAAUAUUCGAGGGGGUCGGUUACCGGCGAGUCCGGAUGGAACGCAGAGGACGUUUCUUCAGGUGCCUUUUCAUAUCUCUGAGUUUUGA